GGAGCUCUCAUCACUUGCUACGCCCUAGAGGCGUCUUCUAGGAGCGAGUCGGAGUUGAAGAUGGCACGCCUCAGCAAUCCUCUGGCCUUUACGCCGCUGCCUGUCAUUGUCGUCACCACCCUCACUUAUGCAGCCCUGUUUGCCGCCCUUCUGGUCGUCCACCUGACUGUUCCACCAGUGCCUUCCUCUGUCCCAGAUGGAAUCAACUUGACGACUGCUUGGAGCAAUCUUCAGGCCAUCACUAGUCAAUUCCAUCCAUAUAACACCCACGCCAACGACCAUGUACACGAUUACCUACUGCACCACGUUAAGACUACCCUCAAGUCAAAUGGCGUCAGCUACGACAGCAUUCCUGGGGCGGCAGACCUGUCCCUCGACGAGAUUUUGGAGUCUUCAGAGUCAAGAGUUCUUUUGUUCGACGAUCAGAUUUCCAAUGUCACCUUCUCCAACGGGGGAACCAGCGUUUACUUUGAGGGUACCAACAUCAUAGUUUUGAUUCGAGGAUCCGAAGGCACGGAAAAUGUAUUUUCUGACUCUUCGUCUGGCAAGGGUGGCGUCUUGGUCAAUGCACAUUACGACUCUGUGAGCACGGGAUUCGGCGCAACUGAUGAUGGAGUUGGCGUGGUCACGAUCUUGCAGUUGCUUUCGCAUUUCACGGCUGAAAAGAGCUGGCCCAAGAGAAAUAUUGUAUUGCUUCUCAACAAUGGCGAAGAGGACUUCUUGAACGGAGCUAGAGCUUUCCUGCGACAUCCAGUGUCCCAGCUCGCACACACGUUCCUGAAUCUCGAGGGCGCAGGAGCUGGUGGACGAGCAAUGAUGUUCAGGAGUACUGAUGCGGAUGUCACGAAAUACUACAAGAAAGCAUCUAAUCCUUACGGUACAGUUGUAAGCGCUGAUGGGUUCAAACGACGACUCAUCAGGAGCGAGACUGACUAUGUUGUCUUCAACGGCCUGCUCGGUCUCCGAGGACUGGACAUAGCGUUCAACGAGCCACGAGCACGUUACCACACCAGCGAGGAUUCUGCACGCGAAACUUCGAUGAAAUCGGUUUGGCAUAUGCUAUCGGCCGCUCUGGCUACAGUCUCCGGUCUUGCUUCGGACACCAGCUCGACCUUCGACGGCAGUGGCGAGACCACAAGCGAUGGAAAGGUGGAUGCAGGAAAAGGCCCUCAAGCUGUGUGGUUUGACCUCUUUGGUAAAGCUUUUGUCAUUCUGCGUCUCAACACCAUGUUUGCUCUCUGCGUAACUCUCCUGGUUGUGGCUCCGUUAGCUCUCAUUGCUGUUACUGUUAUCCUCGCCAAAGUCGACAAGAUGUACCUCUUCGCAAGGAAACAGUACGUGCAUUCAGAAGACGACAACGAAGCUGUUGAGAUCAACGGAUGGCGUGGAGUAUUCCGGUUCCCAAUUGCGUUCGUCGUCGCGACGGCCGCUGUCAUCGGCCUGGCAUACCUUGUCCUCCGGGUCAAUCCCUACAUUGCGUAUAGCAGCCCUUUCGCCAUAUGGGUCAUGAUGUUGUCAGCUUGGUAUUCGGUCGCAUGGUUUAUACUUCGCGGUGCCGAUGCUAUGAGACCCUCCGCUCUCCAUCGCCUCUACUCUCUCAUUUGGCUGUUCGCUGGUGGCUUUGUCAUUUUGGUUCUUGUCACCGUUGCUGCUCGUAACUUCGACUUGGCGUCGGGCUACUUCAUGCUUAUAUAUUUCGCCGCAACCUUUCUGUCGGUCCUCAUCGGAUACCUCGAGCUCUUUGCUCUUCCCAAAAAGAGCAUCUUCGUGAGCUCUUUUGAUGACGGUGCUAGUCAUAUCGACUCCGAAUCCACCAGUAGGCCAUUGACGGGCGGGGCUAGCCGCAUCUCGGAAGACCGACCACUCUUACGAGACGAUGAUACCGACACGGAAACCACGUCUCUACUUCGUAAUGAUAGGCAAAGCUUCGCACGAUACGGCACCCGACGCGAGUCUGUGAGUGAAGGACAUACACAAGACGAAGACCACCCUAAACAAGAUUUCGGAAAUCACUACACUGAUGAGCAAGCUUGGAGCGGAAGUCUCCCCAGCUGGCUGUGGAUUCUCCAGUUCUUGUUGCUCGCUCCCAUUGUCAUAAUCUUGAUCGGCCAAAUUGGAUUAGUUCUUACGACAGGAUUGUAUCAGACCACAGCGGACGGCAGCUCAGCCUUAUUGGUCUACGUCGCUAUCGCAAUUCUUUCGGCGCUCAUCCUGUCACCGCUUGGUCCCUUCUUACAUAGAUUCACGUACCAUGUCCCAGCCUUUAUCUUCCUCGUCUGCAUUGGUACGCUUAUCUACAACCUUUGCGCAUUCCCAUUCUCCCGGGACCAUCGCCUGAAGGUCUACUUCCAGCAGCAGACUAACUGCGAAACCGGCUCUAAUUCUGUGUCUCUCAUCGGCCUGGAUCAAUACGUGCAGCAAAUCGUAGCCCAGGUCCCUAGUGCCGCUGGACAGGCCCUUAACUGCACCACUCCGGACAUCGCAAUUCGCAAGGAGCUAAUCAAAUGCUCUUGGAAGGGGCCCCAAGCUCAUCCAAUAAGCGUGACAACUGGCAACCGCACCUACAUCGAUUCAUGGCUCAACUUCAAUGUCACCAAGACGCCGGGUAAGAAUCAGGCCCGUUUCCACAUUGUUGGGCAGAACACGCGCGCCUGCAAGGCCGUCUUCAACACGCCCAUCACCUCAUUGGAGGUAGAAGGGGGAGCGCCUGAUUCACGCUUCCCCACAGCGGGCCAGAAUGGGUCCACUGAGGUCCGCCUGUGGCAUCGUGACUGGUCAAAAGCCUGGGAUUUCGACGUGAACUGGGGUGGGGAGUUCCGAGAGCCGCUUUCAGGUAGCAUAAUCUGCCUCUGGUCCGACGCGAACGACUUCUCCAUAGCAGCAUUGUCUGAGGUUCGGCACUACAUGCCAAUCUGGAGCAUAGCAACCAAGUACGCUGACGGCCUGCUUGAGGGGUCGAAGGGCUUCAGCGUGUGAAGAGGAGUGUGCUUUUGUAUAAUAAUGAUACCAUAAAUUGGAAUUGAUAUGGGUUUCCUUGGUCACAUGACUCCAAACUGUGAGUGAUUUCGAGCGUUGCUGGGUAUACUGAAAUCGUGUUGAGGUGCCUUCGACUAUCUGUCCUCAUGCGCAAUCGUAGCGCUCAAACAUGUUCGAUUUCAAUCGCUGGGAUUUUGAGGUUCUUCGAUGGAGCACUUUUGCCACGCGGAUGGCAACGUCAGGGGUGCACCUCUUCAAUCUGUCGAUUUUACAUUGAAUGUCAAACUCUCGGCCUAUUAAAUCUCACGCGAGCACCUGGCCCUAAAAACGCAUCUAAUUAAUUCUGUAGAAGUGCUCUCAUACGUUUCCUUUUGGAUCCCUAGGCUGCACUACCAAGCCCCAUUCAGCUGGCGUGGCGUUUAUGUCAACGUCGCAGCUUCAAAUUAGGCAUCAAUCAACUACAUAAUUCCCA